AUGUGACCGCAUGCAAAGUUUAUGCGAUCGUAAGGUCACUCCGUUGCCUUCUGACCAUACAGCAAUUUUCGCACAACCCUUCACUCUCUGUUGGGUAUGAUAAGAGAGCUCACCAUCUAAGUCAGUACUCUCCUAGCCGAGGCACAUUGAUGAGCACAAUCACCGUGCAACACAUCCAACUAAGACGCCACCUCGUCAGCUCCCCUGUCACCGCACAACUACAUCCAUAUUCGAACACAGCACACCAGACGCGGAGCAGCAUGAUCACACACCACCCGCCACCUCAGGCCCACAACAGACACAGACAAAAGUAAUGAAACCAUGAUUGGCAUACAACACUUCACGCUACAAGAGCCACGACAGAAAAAUGUACCUCCCGGCACAGGAUGUUGACGGGAGCCAGGCCUUUC